GCUGUUGCCUGGCGAUCCGCUCGCAGCUUGUCAACCGCACGAUCCAGUUACUGUAGCUGCAAUGAAAAUAUCUCCGCUGGUGGGUGGAUAAACGGGCCCGGGUCCAUCGUUUCCCACCAAACACUGACUGAGUGAGCACUUUACUUCAUCGUGUCGCAGACGAGACUGUGUGAGCUGCUGCUUCAACGUGAAUGUCCCUCCGAACAAGCCCGCGGCAGAGGCAGCGUCAACAAGCUUCAGGUUGAAGCAUGCCACGACUGAAGGCAUGUGGUGGAUACUAUGGCUCACAGCCGGCGCACACCUCUUUGGUGCCAACAGCUGGCCGGCUCACGCCACCCUGUAGCCAGGCCUCCUCCACCUGAGCUCCAUGCACCUCAAGCAGUGAACCUUUUGAUUUCAUGAAGAUCCCUGACAUCGGUGAUGUAAUGAAUAAAUUUGAAGUCCUUGGGAUCGUGGGUGAAGGUGCCUAUGGUGUUGUUUUGAAGUGCCGACACAAGGAGACCAAUGAAAUUGUGGCCAUUAAGAAAUUCAAGGACAGUGAAGAAAAUGAGGAGGUUAAAGAAACGACACUGCGAGAGCUUAAGAUGCUUCGCACUCUCAAGCAGGAAAAUAUCGUGGAGCUGAAAGAGGCCUUCCGCAGAAGAGGAAAGCUAUAUCUCGUCUUUGAGUAUGUGGAGAAGAACAUGCUUGAGCUGCUGGAGGAGUUACCAAACGGUGUGCCGACUGAGAAAGCACGCAGCUACAUCUACCAACUAAUCAAGGCAAUCCACUGGUGCCACAAGCAUGACAUCGUUCAUCGGGACAUAAAGCCAGAAAACCUUCUCAUCAGCUCUGACGACACCCUGAAGUUAUGUGACUUUGGCUUUGCACGUAAUCUCUCAGAGGGGACUGAUGCCAAUUACACAGAGUAUGUGGCCACUAGAUGGUACCGCUCUCCAGAGCUCCUGCUCGGGGCCCCUUACGGGAAGGCAGUGGAUAUGUGGUCAGUGGGCUGCAUCCUCGGAGAGCUGAGCGACGGACAGCCUCUGUUCCCAGGAGAGAGUGAGAUUGACCAGCUCUUCACCAUUCAGAAAGUGCUGGGACCCCUGCCACCAGAACAGAUGAAGCUCUUCUAUAACAACCCUCGCUUCCACGGGCUGCGGUUCCCUGCUGUGAACCACCCACAAACCUUGGAGCGCAGAUACCUGGGAAUCAUUGGCGGAGGCCUACUGGACCUGCUGAAGAACCUGCUGUUGCUGAACCCGACAGAGCGAUUUCUCACGGAGCAGAGCCUCAACCACCACACCUUCCAGACAAUGCGGCUGGUGGAGCGACCAGGCCCACCCACACCGACACCUGUACGCUCCUCCAAGAGAAAACCUCACCAUGGAGACAACACCACCCCCAGCAGGAGCCAUGGGAGUAAGAGCUCAGGAAGCCAUCGCUCCAGCAGCAGAGAGGGCUCCAGCUUGCCACGGCAUGAAGACCUCCACCCCAGCAACGACAGCUUUCUCAACGGCAACAUGCCUGCAGCGAUCAACCUCAGCCCCACCCUGCAUCCCAAGAACUACCAGCCGCAGAUCUUUAACCAUUCCACUUCGUGCAGCAUGGACCUAGCCAGCAGCAACCUGCCUCACUUGCUCAGUCCUGGUGAGGCCAAGGGCAAGGGUGACUUCGAGAUGAGCUUGGGAUCCAAGGCGUCAGACGGCCCCGGAGCCAAGUACCUCAAAGCCAAUUUCCGCUCACAGCAGAACCGCCACUCCUUUGUGGAGGGAAAAACCAACACGCUUCAGUCAGGGGAUAAACAUAGUAGACACAGCUACAUGGAGUCUCACAGCUCCACACCCUCCUCCUCCAAGUUUGCCUACCUGAACUUAUCCAAGAGCUACGGUACGCUUAGUGAUGCCAAGUCAGUUGGAAACUUAAAUGAUGUGCAUCUCUAUGCAGAUGAGCCUACAGCACGCUAUUUUCCUUCAAGCUGCCUUGACCUCACAGCUCCGAGCAGCCCAGCAGCCCGCCGAGUCGACAGACUGGGACUCAGCACAGCUAGCCGAGGAAGCAUGCGCUCAGAAAGGGAAAGCAACACUCUUGACUCCUCUUACAGGCGCUCAUCCAUCCGCCACAAGGCCUCAGAGGAGGUCAAGUCGCCAGAUACCCUGGACCCUGGGGAAAGUGGCGUCGAAAGGACCCACUCUCACUCUCUGUCCGCCCCACAUGACCCUCUGCCUUACGGUCAGGGAUACACUAGCCCCUUCUCCUCCCAGCAGAGGCCGCACCGUCACUCCAUGUACGUACGGAGGGACCACCAGAGGACACACGGGGCGGACGAGGGGCUGGUGGUGGGUCAGGGCAUGCCUACCAGAGCCAGCAGCCUCCAGCUCCUUUCUCCACAGCUGCAGCACCGCACGCUGCCUCACCACUCUGGGGGCUCCUCCAGAGAAGAAGACAUAAGCAGGCAGACUGAACAGGCACCCACUGAGGUCACCCACAGCAGACCCCCAAUAAGGGACUCGACCAGGGACAACUCUGCAUCUUUUCACACACAGCGGCAAAAAAGCGAGGUCGGCUUAUAUCAUGACCAGCAAACAGAAGACGGAGGCUCCUCCAAAGAGAAUCGGAACAUCUACAGUGAAUCCAUGCCAAGGAGAGUGGGAAGCUUCUACAGAGUCCCUUCCCCCCGGCCAGACAACUCCUUUCAUGAUAGCAGGGGUCAGAGCCGGGGCUCUGGCUUGUCCGGGGACAGCAGCGGUUUGACGAACCACUCCAAACGCCAGCCAGCCUUUGACCCUUGGACUGGCCCAGAUACUGUUGUGUUAAACUCCUCCGAGCCGUCCAAAGAAAAAGAGAAGCAGGGUUUCUUCAGAUCAAUAAAGAAAAAAAAGAAAAAAUCUCAAAUGAUGGAAGUCCCCGGUGGAAGGCCUCCUGUCAUCAAGAAAUGUCUUUUCCCUCUGUUUAGCCCAAAGAAUAACAUAAAGCAUAGUUCCUCUGUGAGAGUCCUCCCUGUAGUGUCCUCUCCCAUGGUCCCUACUGAAGGGGUGGAUGCAGUCAUCCAGAAGUCGUCCAGGUCUUCAGGUCACCAGAGCGGCCGCCACAGAACCCGUGACAAGAGCCGAGACCGAGACAGGGACAGGGACAAGGACUGGCCUCCUGAGAAACUGUCAGAUUCACAUUCUCCGAGUCAGCCACUGAAGUCACUGCGCAAGCUCCUGCACCUUUCAUCCUCCUCCUCCAACCAGACGGCGCCCUCUGAUAUGCGCUAUCAGCCACUGCCUAAUCCAGCCUCCGCUCAAGGUGGUUUCACAGAGAGCCGGGGCCACUCAGGGGUCAGUACGCCCCAGCUGAAGAGCCGACAGGCAGCCUACCCGCUGCCUGCACAGCUGGAGUCCGGCUGGCACACGUCCGCCCUGGGCCGCCCCGAGGGCAACCCUUACCCGGAGCAAAUGAGCAUCAAGGGAGGCCAGAACGGGCACGGCUUCGGACGCCCGUCCAGGUCCCGUAUGCCAAACCUCAAUGACCUGAAAGAGACGGCGCUGUGAUCUCUACUGCCCUCACACUCACUGGGGAUGACGCUUUUCCUCUGUUGCUCCUACACCUCCCUUAUGUUACAGUACACCUGCUGUGUACACACACACACACACACACACACA